AUGCAGACAAGCGCCUAUCGUCGUUUAUUGCUGUUUUGGACAAUGUACGAGUUGGAAGUGAAUGUGCCGUCUGGCCGUUUACCGAAUGAGCUCGAAUGGCCGCUGAAUUGGCCGCAAUGUCUGAAGGAUUGCACUGAGAGCUGGAAUGUUCGAGACGUGAGGUCGCGACCAGGCCGUAUCGCCGAGCAGCUGGAUGCGCACCGCAUCAAAACUCAUUUGUAA